AUGGAUGAAAUACUGAAUUGCGUGAGUAUUGUUUCACUGCAGAUAGUUAAAGCUCUGCUGCAAACAGAGUGCAAAUGUCACGGCGUGUCCGGUUCUUGGACCGUGAUUACCUGCUGGCGAACCUUGCCCAGUUUUCGUCAGAUCGGCGAUGCACUUAUGAAAAAGUAUUACAGUGCCAGGCCCGUGAUAGCGAUUACCCAACCACCACCCCCUACGAUGCAGGUAAUUUCUGUAAAAGUGGAUACGUUGCAUUCAACGUUGACUGAAAUAGUGCCGAUCUUGGGGAACGACGCGAAAACUCAGGGGAAACCAAACGACGUUGGAAAGACUCGACACGACCAAAAACCCGCAAAGAAAACGACGAAACCAAGGAGGCUACAUUUGGUAUUGAAGAGGACAAAGUUGUGCGGGGGUUCGAGUGUGAGACAAAAGUUUCCAAAGAGAAGCGACCAUAUAUUUUUACAACCCUCGCCUGAUUACUGUGAACCAGAUUUAGCGCAAGGUAGUCUAGGAAUCCAAGGCAGAUAUUGCGAUCAUACUAGCAAAGGUACGGACGGAUGCGAUCUAAUGUGCUGUGGUCACGGCUACAAUACACAUCAAUUCACGAGAACGUGGCAAUGCAAAUGCAAAUUUCUCUGGUGCUGCCGCGUGCAUUGUGAAACGUGAACAGAGCGUACCGAAGAGUACAAAUGCAAAUAAACGUAUUUCGAACGUAUUGGCGAUUUUAACCAUGUAAAUAUAUGUAAUAGACGUAACAAAUGGCGACGAGAGUUUCUCUACAUCAAUAAUAUCCGGGAACUUUGUUGCAUUUCGUCAGAAAUUAUUCAACAUCGACCUCAACAUGCUGUUCCUGUAAAAUUAACGAGCAUAAUAACGAUAAUCGACAAAGCGUUCCUUUUUCUGCUUAAUUUAAUCGACUUGUAUGCUUAAGACGACGAUAGAUACGCGAUCAAAUUCAAUUUUUCUAAAGCUCUCGUUAUUUAAUGUGAUAGUCGACAGUAUGUAAUUGUAGAGACGAUAUUCAGUCUGUAUAUUCAUGAUAAUUAGCGAUAAAAUGCGAAAGCUGAAUGGCGAACUGUCGUACGUUUAAUAAGGGAUAGCUUUGUGAAAUUCUAAGAGCUUGAGUUACCCGUUUUGGAACGAUAUAAAACGUUAUAAAGGAAACUGAAUGAGCCGAUUUGAUAAUAUUAAUUAUACGAGAAUAAUU